AGGAUGGAGUCCUCAUGCUUGGAGUUAGCCCUGGAGGGAGAGCGAUCGUGCAAAGCCGGGGAUUUUAAAGCUGGCGUCGUGUACUUUGAAACCGCUGUUCAGGUGGGGACGGAAGAGCUGAAAACGCUGAGUGCCAUCUACAGCCAGCUGGGGAACGCUUAUUUCUACCUGAAGGAAUAUACCAAAGCUUUGGAGUACCACAAACAUGACCUCAUCCUUGCCAGAACCAUCGGGGAUCGCCUGGGAGAAGCGAAAGCCAGCGGCAACCUCGGAAACACCUUGAAGAUCCUUGGGCAGUUUGACGAUGCGGUUGUCUGUUGCCAGAGGCACCUGGAGAUUUCUCAGGAGCAAGGAGACAAGGUGGGAGAAGCGCGAGCCUUAUAUAACAUCGGCAACGUCUACCACGCCAAAGGGAAGCAGCUUUCCUGGAGUCUGCUGCAGGAGCCGGGCCAACUGCCUCAGGAGGUCCGGGAGUCAUUAGAGAAGGCCUCCGAGUAUUACGAGCGGAAUCUGUCUCUGGUGAAGGAGCUGGGAGACCGAGCGGCCCAAGGCCGGGCCUACGGAAAUCUGGGCAACACGCACUAUUUGCUCGGCAACUUCAGCAAAGCCAUCAUCUUCCAUAAGCAGCGACUCGCCAUUGCCAAAGAGUUUGGGGACAAAGCCGCCGAGCGGAGAGCGCACAGCAAUUUGGGGAACACGCACAUCUUUCUGGGGAGGUUUGACAUCUCCGCCGAAUACUACAAGAAGACCCUGCAGCUCUCCCGGCAACUGAAGGACCCUGUGAUGGAAGCCCAGGCAUGCUAUAGCCUCGGGAACACCUACACUCUCCUGGAAGACUACGAGAAAGCGGUCGAGUACCACCUGAAGCACCUCGGCAUCGCCCGGGAGCUUGGAGACAGACUGGGGGAAGGCCGAGCCUUUUGGAGUUUGCAAAAUGCCUUCAUCUCCCUCGGGGACCACGAACGAGCUUUACAUUUUGCCGAAAAGCAUCUGGAAAUCUCCCAGGAGAUUGGGGACCACAGUGGAGAGGCAACGGCUCACGCCAACAUUGCCCUUCUGAGGUCAGUCUUGGGCUUGAAAAACAGAGGGAAUGGCCCGGAUCCGCCAACAUAUGGCGCUAGCUACGAAGCUCAGGGCGCCAGGCCGAAGAGGGCUCCUCCGAGGGACAGCAUGAGCAGCCUUCAUCUCUUGAGGUUCCCAUCUGAAAAGGACCAGAACGGCGAGGCCUACCCCAUGGGAGAAUUCAACAUGGGUGAGAAAGAGUUCUUGUCGCUUCCGGCCAAGUCUAGUAAAUCCAGGGGCGACCAGCCCGUUUCAGAAAGGAAGCCCGCCGGAGGGCCCAGCGACUGCCCGCUGGAAACCAGUGACGUCCGAGUCCAGGUGUCUCCGCUGAAAAUCAAGCGGACUCCCUCGGAGGAAGAGUGCUUCUUUGACCUCCUAAGUAAAUUCCAGAGCAGCCGGAUGGACGACCAGCGUUGCCCGAUGGAGGAGGGCCGGAAGACGACGACGGAGGAGGACGAAGCCGUGGCCGCUCCUGUGCCUGCCCCGGACGAGAGAGGAGUCUCCCAGUCCUCGUCAAUGGCUUCCCCCCAGACCGAGGAGCUCUUUGACCUCAUUGCCAGCUCCCAGAGCCGGCGGCUCGACGACCAACGUGCCAGCGUGGGGAAUUUGCCCGGCCUCCGCCUGACGCCCAACAAUCUGGGGCACCUCCGGAUGGAGAGCGACUCUCAGGAGCCGGGCGAUGACUUUUUCAACAUGCUGAUGAAAUGCCAGUCCUCUCGCAUUGACGACCAGCGGUGCGCGCCACCCAACUCGGUUCCCCGCGGCCCCACCGUGCCCGACGAGGACUUCUUCAGCCUCAUCCAGCGAGUCCAGGCGAAGCGGAUGGAUGAGCAGAGGGUGGACCUGGCCUCGGCGGACGAGGAGGAGGAGGAGGAAGAGCAGCAGCAGCAAGUUGAAGAGACGAGCAGCGGAUCAUCAGCAAAGGCUCAGCUUUAGCGAAGGAGCUGGCCCCGAGGCCCCGAGAAGGGCUCAGCCGAGGACCAGCCAUAUAAACGGUGCCAUAAGCCUUGUGAAUUCCGAAGCAGAGGCUCCGAAAGUGGGCUUCCCCGUAUUCCCAGCGUUCGAGAAGGAACGGGCGCCCUGCUUCGGGGGGAACCCUGGCCAUCCCCGUUGCGUUUGUUAGUCCUUGUCCAGCCGCCCCCGGUCUUGAGUCUCCACCCAUAACUAUGCAACGGGGGCCCCUUUGAACGGAAACGUCGCCCGCGUCUUGAGAAGGGCCUCAACGGUCUGGGGGGGCCCCCUGCGGUUCGAGUGCCUCUGAAUAAGCAAGCUUAGAAGACAGAGGGUGGCCCCAAUCCUACCCGGCCUUGAAAAGAAGCGUCAUUCGCACAAUGGGGUGUCUCAGUUCUUCUUGGGCCUUUUUCUGCUGGGAAGGAGAUCCCCCCCCAAGCUGGAGGUCACCCAAAGUUAUCUCCAGUUUUGAAAGAGCCUCGGAGCGAGCCGGUUUGAGGCGCCCUUGCUGAAAAGAGCCGGUCACGUGCGUGCACACACAUCCCCGAGGCUUUUCGGAGCGCGACUGUGUCCUUUUGCAUCAACAUUUGUGGGAGGGAGGUGUGUUCGGGGAGCCUCCCUGCUCUGGGUCCAGAACACCAUCAUCGGGAAAACACGCACGAGAACGGCCCGGGGGAAAGGCCCUUGGGUUCGCCCUCCUUGAAGCGAAUGGGAAGCCUUCCGAGGACACGAGAAAACCAUUUGCCACGCUGUGUCCGCCAGCUUGACAGCAGCCCAGAAACGACGGCACUGGUGCUGUCCCGUACUAGCUUAGCCAAGGUCAGGAGCUGGUGCUGCUCUCUCUACUCUCCCCCCCCCGCCGUGUCAACAAGCGGAUAGACCCAGAAAGUGUUAAAAAGAUAUUUUAAAAAUCACCAAAAAAUAAUUAUUAAAUUACCAAAAAACUCGCCUCUAGAGGGGGGCCAGAGAUGGCGCUAUGUAUACCGUUGGCUAUUAAAACAGCGUUUGCUAUCAUCCGUGUUUGUCAGCAUCCGCGGAAGGGCUUGGAACCGCUCUCCCACGGAUACGGGGCUCUUACUGUGUUAUUGGCUUUAACGCAACCGACCUCUCUCUACCCCAGGCACGUAUCGUGCUCUUCUCUGCUUCAAAUCUUCCCUUGAUUCGUUUUAACAAGAGAAGGGUAUGACCCCCCACCUUGCCAAAACAGAGAAGCUGGGGGGGGGGGGGUUUAGGAAUCUCGGCUCGGCUCUUCCUAGAACCAACCAGCUCAGGUGGGCGACCCAAGACCGGGGGGGCCCUUCAGCCUGGCUCUGCUCCCCCCCUCUCCUCGCAGUGGACUCAAUGGGCAGGACUUGGACCGUCAUUGAUAUACUUGAAUGUAUUUGCUAAUUUAUUUUCCAUGCUUAUUUGCUGUAAAUUCAUGGGUAGGAAAAGCCAUGAUCCGUACGGUACUUCUCUGCCCUAACCCUCUAAAAGCCGGAAAAAAGUUGCCAAAUGAACUUACACCUUAGAUAUCUGUAAGAGAGCAGGGGGUUGGUGGUUUAAUAAACAUUUCGUGACCCAAACGUC